UUAAGUCAAAAAGUGUUAAAGUUGGAAUCACGACCAUGAACAGUGACUUGUCUGGCAAUCUUUCCAAAAUCCCUUGCAGAAAAUGUAAAUCAAUGCCCUCGACGGCGCUCAGAUGCAUAAAAUGUAACUCCCUAAACCACCCUAGUUGUCUCAAACUGUUGAAAAACAUCCAAUAUCUGAACGACACAACGGUAAUCUGUUGCGAGACCACCACUAACCCAAAAAAUGAACCCGAUCCACCCCAAAAGCUUGAACUUUCAAAAAACGAAAUGGAAGACCUUGUGGGAAAAGUAACCCAGCCGUUGUUACACCAAAUCGAGCUGCUGCGAGGUGAAGUUCAAACUCUCAAAGAAAGCAACGUGGAACUCGUGAAGUUCUUAUCUGACAAUCAUGGUCCAAAAUUUGUCAAAAGAAAUUUUGACAACAAAAAACUUUCAAUUAAUGUGGAAACCACAGACGAAGAUCGUUGUUUGGAACAAAGUUCGCGUCCAAAUCGUCGUAAGCGGAAAUCGUCGAACGAAAAUGUUGAAGACGAUGUUGAGCGGAAACCACGACGAAAUGGUACGGUGAAUGGGACAGUCCAGGUGGACAACGGUUUUGGUGCGUGGUACGUCAAAAGGGCUUGGUACUAUAUGGGGAAAAUGGUACCCAAUGUGGAUUUCGAGGCCAUCCGGUCCUUCAUAGCCGACAAAUUUUCAAGCGAUGAAUUGAUGUUGAUUUUAGGAUCAAGGGUAGCUUAUUGAGAGGGGAGUUUUGGCCGAAGGGAGUGUGCGUUUGACGUUUUGGAUGCGUCCAGGAACGUUUUGGAUGCGUCCAGGAACUUGUAAA